AUGGAUCAACAAAGUAUUGAACAUGAAAUUCUCCGAAGUUGUGGUUGUUGCCCAGUUUGCUGCGAAACGAGCACGACAGCAGGUGCGCCACUUUUUUCUGCAGCUGCCAUCACAGUCCUUGAGCGAGUGGGCCAAUCUGGUCCCCAGGAGCUGUCCAACAGCGUGCGGACAUUUGCAACUGCCAGCAUAGCUUCUGAGAUGCUCUUCUUGUCGAUAGCAGAGGCUGCUAUCCCCAAGCUGCACACAUGGCGCCCGCAGGACAGCAACAGCUUUACUGUCCUUGUUUACCUUGUUUGCGGUUUGCGUGUGGCUAGAGCUAGAGUGUUUAGCACCACAAGCUGUCGUUAUCAACUGGUUCUGGCCAUCAGUGACAUUGCACUUCACGUGGCAUGCUGGUGA